GCCUGCCGCUGCGCGUUCGGCGGGGGGGGAGUCGGAGGCGGAGAAGAAGGCGGUGGUGGCGGGUGGAGGAUCGAGCGCUGUUCUCGCUCCGGAGCCGCUGCACAGUUCGUCAUCCCGCAUAGAGCUGAUCCAUCUUACGCCACAGGCCUGCAGCCCCCCUCCCCCGAGAAACCUUCCGUUGCGGUCGCUCUCCUGGCUGUAUUUGCAAUUUCCCGAUUGUCACCGAGCCUCGGGCACGCAGACACCCAGUACAAACCAUAGCAAUCGUUCUUCUCCGAUAUUAGCACCAUUCCAUCAAUGCUUCUGCCAGUUGGCGAUGUCAGGUCAGAGCACUCCUGUGGUAAAUCCACCUUCAGUUUUGGCCUCCCUGAGAUGACCGCUUGUUAAUCAUUUUGCGCACAUUCAAAAUGGAAUCUUCUGCAGCUUAUUCAUUGUGUGAGUAAAAACUAAAUCACAUCCAUAAUUGCACUGAACUGGGCACACAAAAACUGCCAUAUAUGUCACAGUAUACUGAAAAAGAGCCAGCAGCAAUGGAUCAAGAAUCCAGCAAGGCUGCCUGGCCCAAACCAGCAGGAGGAUAUCAGACAAUCACAGGCAGGAGAUAUGGAAGAAGACAUGCAUAUGUCAGUUUUAAACCAUGUAUGACCAGGCAUGAAAGAAGUUUGGGUCGGGCUGGUGAUGACUAUGAAGUAUUGGAACUAGAUGAUGUGCCAAAGGAAAAUUCCUCAGGUUCCAGUCCAUCGGAUCAAGUUCAUUCUUCUUUAUCCAAUGACACUUUAUUUGACAAAAGUGAAACAGAAAUUCCCAUUUGUGAUUCAACAUUGAAUCAAGCCAUUGAGAGCAGUCCAUCCUUUGCUGCAGUACAUCAUAGCGAGGAGGGCAGGGAGACUCUAGGAGGCAGUACAGACCUUCAUAAUCACUCUGAGGGAGAAUAUACUACAGAAGCUUGCAGUGCUUCAAGCGUACAAAAUGGAAUUUCAUUGGUUCAGACUGACUCUUACAAUCCAGAUGGCACACACGGAGAGACCAAUGACCGUCUUCAGCUUUCUGCGGAAGUUGUGGCAGGUGGUGGGUAUGAGGAGGCAUUGGGCGGUACAGCAUUUGAGCUGGCGGACGGAGAGGUAGAGGCACGUACUGGUCUUCCACCACCAGUUCCCGCUUUUAGCUGUGAAAUAAGAGAUGAAUUUGAAGAAUUAGAUUCAGCGCCUUUAGUCAAAAGUUCUACUGGUGAUACUGAGUUUGUCAGUCAGAACAAUCAGGAAUUUCAGAGGUCCUCUUCUGAAGGUGAAGUUGUUAGAAAGAAGCAACAAAAUGAUACUAGCCAGGAGAAUCAGAGAGAAAAUGCAGCUGAAGAUGCAGUGUGUGCUCCCGGGCAUAUCUGCAGUGAACAAAAUACUAGUGGUAAGGACAAGAACCAGGGAAAUUUCCCUGAACAGGUAGUGAGGCCCAAAGUUAGAAAACUGAUAAGUUCAAGCCAGGUGGACCAAGAAACAGGUUUUAACAGGCAUGAGGCUAAACAGAGAAGUGUUCAGAGAUGGAGGGAGGCUUUGGAAGUUGAGGAAAAUGGCUCGGAUGACCUCUUAAUAAAAUGUGACGACUACGAUGGGGAACAUGACUGCAUGUUCUUGGAUCCACCUUACUCAAGAGUUACGCAUAGGGAAACAGAACAUAACCAAAUAACAGCGGAAAGUGGAGCCACAGCAGGAAGGCAAGAAGUGGUAGAGAACACCUUUUGGAAUGGCUGUGGCGAUUAUUACCAACUGUAUGACAAGGAUGAAGAUAGUUCAGAAUGCAGUGAUGGAGAAUGGUCUGCCUCUUUGCCUCAUCGGUUUUCUGGUACAGAGAAAGAUCAGUCGUCAAGUGAUGAAAGCUGGGAGACUUUGCCAGGGAAAGAUGAGAAUGAACCUGAACUACAGAGUGAUAGCAGUGGUCCUGAAGAAGAAAACCAAGAAUUGUCUCUACAAGAAGGGGAACAGACAUCCUUGGAAGAGGGCGAGAUUCCUUGGUUACAGUACAAUGAAGUUAAUGAAAGCAGCAGUGAUGAGGGAAAUGAGCCUGCCAAUGAAUUUGCACAGCCAGAAGCUUUCAUGCUGGAUGGUAACAAUAAUCUUGAGGAUGACUCCAGUGUAAGUGAAGACUUAGAUGUGGACUGGAGCCUGUUUGACGGCUUUGCAGAUGGACUAGGAGUUGCUGAAGCGAUUUCUUACGUGGAUCCUCAGUUCCUCACCUACAUGGCACUGGAAGAACGCUUAGCCCAGGCUAUGGAGACUGCACUGGCACAUUUAGAGUCUCUUGCAGUGGAUGUUGAGGUGGCCAAUCCACCAGCCAGUAAGGAGAGCAUUGAUGGUCUUCCAGAGACCCUUGUUCUUGAAGACCACACUGCGAUUGGUCAGGAGCAGUGCUGUCCAAUCUGUUGCAGUGAGUAUAUUAAGGAUGAUAUAGCAACAGAGCUUCCCUGUCACCAUUUCUUUCACAAACCUUGUGUCUCAAUUUGGCUACAGAAGUCGGGAACGUGCCCUGUGUGCCGCCGCCACUUCCCACCUGCUGUCAUCGAGGCAUCGGCAGCUCCAUCCUCGGAGCCUGACCAGGAGGCCCCCCCUUCUGGCGACAGCUCUGCGGAAGCCCCCUAAACCUUAACGCUUGAAUGAGAUCACUCUGUCAAAAUCAGUCUGCAAAUUCCUUCUCAAUCUGAUGUGCAAAUAAUUAUAUAUAAAUAAAUUUAAAAUGCUAUAUAUAGUCUAUGCCAUAGUUUAGAAAGAAGAAUAUUAACCUUUCUAAACUAAAUUUAGGUUCGCAGAAAGUACUAAACAUUUUCAAGCUGAAUGUUGAAGCACUGCAUCCAUUUUCUUUAGUUGAAUAUGUUGGUAUUAAUUGUAAAGCCAAGCUUACCAAUUAACUCUCUCCAGAAGAAAUAAUCAUAUAUGUGGCACAUAUUAUUGGUUUUGUCUGAAGUACUGCCACUGAGUGAUUAUAAUUAAGCUCUCCUAUUUGCAUCAAAUGUGAAGACUGAUCACAACAGUAGUAAAAUUUGGUUUCAUUGGAAAUAAAAAGAAUUCUAAAACAUGCUUUUUUUCAUUGGUCACUUUGCUUUUGCUACAUCAGAACCUCUUGGUUCAUAAUACUGAGUGUUUUUUUUUUGUUUUUUUUAGGAAGGUGUCUACUCUUCCAUCUUUCCUUAAAAUUAGGACUUAAAAUUAGACUGCCAAACAAAGGCCAGAAUUUUGGCUUAAACAUCACAAAAUUUUAAAAUCUUAAAUGUAAUCCCCUUGGAAUGGUUAGAUAGUAAAAUAAUUUUUUUUUCUUUUUCUAAAUGGUGGAUGUGCUUAAAGUAAGGUUAGCAAAAAGCAUGAAUGUUUUACUAUGGUUGGUGCUUGAGGUAAGGUUAGUAAAGCUUCUGAACAAUCUAGUAUGCUCAGUGUUUAGUAUGAUGAGACGAAUUAGAUGGCCUUAUGAAAUCCUUUCUACUGGUUACAGUAUACUUGAGAACAUUCAUGGCACAUUUGUUAAAUAAAUACUGUUUUUUUAAUUUAUAAAUUUAUAAAUAAGUAUAUUUAUAAAUUUAUAAAAGAUACAGUUUGUUUAAAGUAAUUUUGGUUCUGAAAUAUUUUAGAAAGUUUGAAAACGUGCAUCAAAGUGUUUAAACAUUCAUUCUGUUGUAUCCCAAGAGGAAAUCUGAUCCUUAAAAAACCAGAAGUUUAAUGGUACCAACUUUUAUAAAGUAUAACAUUGAUGGGGUAUAGGACAGAUUUAGCCGCAUCUUUUUACAACAUAUCUAAAGCUUACUGUGUUAUAAUUUAUUCCUUUAAAGUAUUUCUGAACAAGGAUUAGUCAUAGUACAUUUUCAGCAUUUGUUUCAUUACACUAAUUUAUUUUGAUAAAAUUAUUCACCUGGAAAUAAAUAAUAAAAAUGGGUUGUUUUGAAUUAAACCAAAUUAAGCCCUGGGUGAAAAGGGAGUAAAUUAUAUGAUCAUCUAGUGACUAUGAGCAGAACUGAACAUGUAACACGGUUCCUUUCUUGUUUUACCUUUCUCUAAAGGAGAAAAGAUGACCCUGACCCCCGAUUUGCCCUCUAAAAGAGUUCUGUUCAGAUUCUUCUAUAAUAGUGAGGAAAUGAGCUUUCCUUAGUUGUUUUUAGGGGAACUUUGGCCCUCAGGGUCAUCCAUAAUUAUAUAACCCCAAAAUAAGAUUGCACAGCUUUUCAUUUAGGUGAUCACACCCAGUAGGCAAAUAUGUACAAAUGGACAUAAUAUUUAACUUACAGAUGUGAUUUGCUGUCAGCACCAGAGAAUGAUAGGUGUUAGAAUAAUACCACAUUUGAGCAAGUAAAAUUGUAAAGCACGUAGUGAGUGUACAUCCAUCUGAGUAGUACAUUGAUAAUUUAGUUUGGACACGUAAAAGGAGUAUUUAUAUGGCUUCCCAAAUGCAAAAUUACAUUUUAUUUGUGUAAUUUCUCUGAGUAUUUAUAUUCCAUCUCUUUUCUCCAUUCUUAAAUGAAUUUUCACUGUUGGCACAUUUGAGGCUUAAAUAUAAGGAACAUAACACUUGCAUUCUAAUUUUUGCAUAUAUUGUAAAUGUGUGUCUGGUAUUUACAGCAAAAUACUGUGUAUCCUUUUAUGGGUAAAACAAAACUGAACAUUGCAUGCAUGUAAUGUGGUGACUUUGUAAUUUAGGGGUUCUUUGGGGCUUCUGUGACUUUGGAAAUGCUUACAUUCAGGCCUUAAUGUUGCAUUAGCUAGCAUGUUUUCCUUCUGAUGUAUAUAGUCACUGUUGUAUAAACUAAUCUUUGCUUGUUUUCUACUCUGUGAUCUUUCCAUACCAUAUUUCAUUGAUGAUCAGUUAGUGUCAAGGAGUCAAAUCAGAUUAAAAUUAAUUCUCAUGUGUAUAUUGUGGAACUUUGUGGCUAGUGUGAUUUUUUUUUUCUUUUCCUUUUCUUGUUUCUUUUUUGUUGUUGUUUGUUUCCUUUAAUACUGAUCGGUUAUGAUGCUUACUGGUUAAACUGACAUUGCUACAGAUUGCUCUGUAGUAAGCCACAAAUUAUAUUUAGGCAGUAUUAAGGGACGUCAGUUUUCUUCUCCUAGUAGCAGCUGUCCCAAAGAAAAUAUUUCUUCUUUGCCUGUUAAGAUUUAGCUAUUAUCUGCCAGUUGUUAAGAGGUUUGGCUUCCAAACUCAACCAGUAGUGUUGAGAGCUGAACUUAAGAUAGCGGUUGUACUUUUUGCUCUCCAUCUGUUUCUCUCCUUCAUUCUUGGCUCCCUACUAUCUAUAAACAGCUGCUAUGAAGGAGAAAAGUUGAAAAAGAGUUGGCUUAAAAAAAAUUUUUUUAAGAAAAUUCAGAUUUUAGGAUUUUCAUUGUAACAAGUUGAUACAAGCAGAGGCGGAAAAGUUCAGAUGCCAAAAUAUUGUUUGAUCCUCUGAAAUACUGUUUAGAUUCUUUUGGAAAAGUUAAGAAUAUAUGAAGGUAAAUUAGGAAUAAGUAUAAAUAUUGAUAAAAAUAUUGUUUCUCUUAUUCUCUAUGUUAAGUGACUUGACCUAAUUUUAUUUUUUUUAAACAUUUUCUUCUUCCUUGUAAUAUGAAUGCUGAUAUUUAAAGGUAGAUCCAUGUGGUUUUCUAUUGUGUUUCUUAAUUGUUUAUCUCUGAGCUAACUAACUCUUAAGAUUAUUUGUGAUUUGGAUUUAUAUAUAAGCUGUUAAAUAUAUAUGAACUGUUAAAAUGGAAUGCAAGUUUUCAAAAGCCCAGGUCUAAAUGUAAUGAUUGGUUUAUUGUUCAACAACCCCAGUCCAUCAUUUUCCGUGUAAAUCAUAAACAAUAAACAGGAUGUACUCAGUG